UUCUUUUCUUGGAAAACAGUAGAAACUUCUCCGUGAUACUUAGAAGGUAAAGAGGUCAAUGUACCAAGCGAACAAGACGGAUGAUUUUAUUUUAUUUGUGUAAGUAUUAACGUCAUAUAAAAUUCAUAUAAGUGGUUAUUAAGGAUCGUUAUUUGAAACAGAUCGUUAUUUAAAUUUAUUAAUUUAUUCGAGAAAUUACAGGGAAUUAAAUGUUGUUUUAUAGAACUUCAAGGCUUUCCUUAAAAUGAAUACGUGCGAUAUAAAAUAACUCGUUGAAAAAAAUCGAAGAAUCUGAACACGUGUUCUUAUGGGAACAAUCGAUGAAAGUGAAAUUGUUUCUCAAUAACUAAUCGCUUUUGUUUCAACACCUAACCUUCAAAAACUAUCCAUAUUUCCUAACUCAAACACACAUGGAACAAAAUUGUCCGUAGUCAUGAUAAGCAUAACAAAUAACGAAGCACACAAUCCGAACCUGAGCGACCACUACUUCUCCUCGUUAAUCUCUCCAUACAUAUUACUCAGAAUUCUAACCGAAAAUACAUUAAUAGCCCUCCAAUGGGAAGCGAUAUUCGUUCACGCCUUCUUUAAUCUGAAUAAUAUCACGAGAAAGAUAUUACCGACUAUUAAAGGAGAAACUUUCCCGCAAUUAAAACGGCCGGAGGAAACGAUUAGUGAGUCGUGUUGGGAAAAGAUAAACAUCGGGAAUGUAGAGAAUCUGAAGACAGUGGAGCAAGCUGGAAAAAAGAAACGCACUGGAAAGAAACUUCAUCGGCCUGUGGAGAAAACACGGAUGGACCAAGCAGGAAAAGCACAACGCGAAGCGGAAGAAAAGGAACGUUUGCGUAAAUGGGAAGAAUGCUGGCAAAAAAAGUUUGAGGCUCAAGAAGAACGCGAUAAUGCCGAAUGUUGCGCGGGCAAAGAUUUAUGCGUGAAACCCAGAACACAAUCGAACAUUUGGAUCAAUGUAACUAAGGAUCGAUCCCUUCAAGAAAUACAUAUGUUCAUCAAGCACGUUCCAGUUCCAAAACCAAAGCCUCCGCCUCUGCCACCGCUGAAAAUACAAAAGACUCCGAUUAUUUCACCAAUGGAAAGAAUCGCGAAGCAAAGAGUUGACAAAAUGAGCGGCACGGACAAGAAGAUGAAGAAGGAGAAGAAGAAGAAGUAGCAGUAAACGAAUCCGACAAUAAGCGAUUCCUUUGCGAUCACUUUGCUCGAAUAUCUUUCCUUUACAUUCUUCUUCGCUACGCAAAAGAUACGUAUUUCUCUGUUUGUCGAGGCAUUUGUAAAAAUACAUCAGAGACCAUGGCGAGGAUGGCGUCGUGACACGUUAUUCUCGUCGUUCAGUGCCCAGUUCGGCGAAGUACCAAAAUGGAAAUAGUGAAGAAAUAAGAAGAAUCUAACUGAUGAAACAUUCUCGCUGCCUUCAGUUUCCAUUUUCCUGUAUUACCCUUUUGUUAAUUAUCAAAAUAUCUUACACGUUCCGCUUAGACCAUUGAAGAUGCAAUAAAAUAUUUUGUAGAAUGUUCACUCCACAAGUUGAGGAUUUUCUAUGCUACUUUCCUUAGUUAAACUAUCCCAUCUACCAUUUUAACUGAGAUAGUAAAGUAAAAUUUGCUAAAGUUUUCCAAUAAAUAUAAUCAAUAGGUGUUCUAAUCUAAUAUCUAUGGUCGACAGUGUCCGCCAAUCAUAGGAAAUUUCAUCUCAAGAUACAAAGAACAUGGAAGAAAAAUUUAAAUCGAGAAAAGAAAAAAAAAGAAACAUUUCUCCAGCUAAGUUGAUUCAUGGAAAACGAUAUGUUCAUUGACAUGAACCGCGGAGGAAACAAGCGGUCGGUGUGCAAACUGCAAGGACAUUGCACGCGAGGAGUUAUUCCUGUCCCGCAUAUAUGUACGGGAAGGGAUAAGAAGGGAAGGAAGGUGGGUGAUAAAAGGUGGCGGAAAGAAUGAAGGCAGGGGGUAAACGUGAGAGAGGAGGGACCACGAGGAUGAGACUGCGCGUGCUUUUCUCUCUUUCCUCCGCCACCCUCAGUGCCUGCCACCGAACGACGAACAGGGUUGUAAGCCGAUAUUGUCGGGCAGGCGCAUUGGAAACCGGCGACCAGCCGGGAAGGAAGAUAACAAUAAAAGAGCAUAUAUAAUCGCGCCUAAACGCACGUUAACCUCGCGGCCUGGCUGGUUGGCUGGCUGGCGCGUCGCCUCUCGAAAUGUAAGCACAAUGCGUGAGAGUAACGUGAAAGUGAAGCACGAUCGAAAGUGAAAUACAGAGAGCACGGGAAACGUGUGUGUACACCCUGAUAAAGCCUCUUCGGCACCUCUCUCUCGACCACGGCCACACGCACAUAGGGAUCUCCCCCGCCAGGUGGUGAUCCGAUAUUUCUUCGUGGAGAUAAUACGGUCGGUCCUCCCGAUUUUUUGUCGUUGUUCCGUGUGUAUCUCGAGGGAUCAUGAACAACUCGCCGCAGAAUACCGAGGUGGCCGGGCAACAACACCGUGCCGGCGUUGAGAACAGCGACGAGGAGGAAUGGAGUGGUGUCGUGGAAUGUGUAAUGUUAUUACAUCGACUCGUGUAUCGAAAGAAUGAUUUUUAUUUGCUGAAACAGCCUUCCUCGAGCAGUUUCUUGUUGCCCAUUUCGAGUUGUUUUUCGUGGUCAAGGAAAUUCUGUGGAUUGCACAACGCUGUGUUGGAGAGAUCAAAGUCAGAUCGAGUGACACGGGCGGAUGAGGACAGACGUCGUCGUACCAUCAUCGUCGAGAAGAAAAAUGGCACAUACGGUUUCACGUUACAGAGUUAUGGGAUACAUUACAAGAGGGAGCAGGAAAUCGAGAUGGUCACGUACGUUGAUUACGUGGAAUACGAUGGACCAGCGUUCAAAGCGGGAAUGCGGGAGGGUGACGUGAUACUUUCGAUAAACGGCCACGAAAUGGACAGAGCGGAUCACAAGACACUGGUUAAUUUCAUAAAGAACUGUGAUACCAGAAUGCGAAUGGUUGUGUCGUUCGAAGACUGUGUAAGAAAGGUGGAAUUACAUAUGCGCUAUAUCGAAUUACAACGUGCUCUUCAAUCACGACUCGGUGAAUUAGAGAGACUCUGCGAGAGGGAACGGUCUAUUCUCAUGGGUCGAUGGAAAACCCAUUCACUGCCAGCACGCAAGAGAACGCCUAACAGUGUCAUUACGAGUAACCCCAAUCAGCCAUCGCCGUCAUCGAGUUUCAAUUCUUCCACGAUUCAAUGUUGUCGGCCUGCUACGUCCACGGAACAUCUGUUACUUUAUAACGUGUUCCCGGAUGGACGACCAUGUUUAGUUCCACGGAACACCGCUUGUCUAGUAGCAGUAGGGCCUCCCCGUUCGCGAAGCGAUCACCACCACUUCCUCUCAAAGAUGUCAAGCGAAUCAGGAGUAACCGUUUCGUCGAGACAUAGCUAUCACCAGGCAAACGGGAUGAAUAGUACGCCAGCCAAAUCGAAAUCGCACAAAUCGUGUCAACAACAGCAACAACAGUCUAAUACCAGCGGAGAUCCGCUUCCUCUUCAUCCUCCACCCCAGAAUAGCCUUUGCGUUGCUUGCAUCUCGAGCGCCAGUCGUCGCAGGGAACAAUCAGAUAGCGGUAGUUUGGACGCGUACGACUUAGCAAGUCCUUGCUGUGAUCCAAAUUGCGUACCCAGUCGUAGACGUCGUGAGAAACAACGGAGAGCGAGAAACGAACAGAAUCAUCAUCAGCAACAACAACAACAACAGCAGCAGCAACAGCAGCAGCAGCAACCAGCCCAGCAUCAUCAUGUACAGCGAGAGCAAUCGCAACAAACGCAACAACAGCAACAACAUGGUGCGCACAGCUGCUCGCGCACAUCAGGACACAGUCUGCAUUCUGUUACUAGUAGCGAUAUCUCGACCGCAGCCGAAAGCGUAGCCUCCUGUUCGACGAGCCUAAGCACGGAUACCCUCUACUGGGAUCCAAGCGUACAUCAACGACCACCGCCGUGCCUUCAGUAUGCUAAACCAAAGUCCUGGGACAAUCUAACUACCAAGGCGUUCGGUGGCUACGGUUUCGGAUACGGUUAUUUGGAUACAGCUACUAUAAAAACACAUAGCGCAGAGAGGCCUGGGAAAGGCGCUCAUGGACGAGCAAAAACGCCUACUGGAACCGUUCAAAGGAGAACGAGUAGCGGUACUACGUAUUCGGGUAGUUCUAACAGACACUUUCAGCCAACCAAGUCUACCGAAAGUUUGUUAAUACCACCGCCAUAUCAAGGCGAGCUAGACGCAAGUCUGAGUUGUGAAUGUCUGGAUGGUCCAGCUCCGCGGUGCAUGCCGGUGAUCCAAAUAGAGAAGCACAAUCGACAGGAGGAGGGUGGAUAUAUUAUCAGUACGCACACUCAAGUUCGACAUCGUCGAUCCAGCCAUUCGGAUGGGAAAUUAAGGGCACUAAAUAAUUCCGAAGUGACGCGUCUGUAAAUCAUCCUUCUCAUUGAAAACUGUAUUCUAAUAAAAAGAUACUCGUAUAAUUAUCGUAUCAAAUUCUGGACGAAACAACGUGUAUCUAACGUAUAUCGUAUGUCGAACUUGUUCCGUAUUUAAACCUUUGUAUUCAGCUUUAUAUCGCAACAGUUAGUAAUUGUAUUCUCACCGAACGAUAAUGGAAUGGACCACCGUUUUUGAAACUUUUUCGAACAAAUGCGAUUGGUUACGGGUUUGAUUGACUAAACUUAUCGUUUGAUCAACGAAUGGUUUCCUAGCGAUGUUUCCGGACAAUAUGAUAAGGGAUAUCAUCGAUGUUCAUGGCGCUUUUUAAAUCUUUUUUAAAUUUUUAUCGAUAGUUGAUUCUAUGAUUGGUUGGAAACAGUUUUAAACUGUGGCGAACGUUAAUAGUAAUAUUAUCGUUAUCAUGAAAAGAAUAAAUUAUUGAAGCAUA